AUGGUGGAGCUGCUGCUCGACAAGGGCGCCGAAGUCAACGCGCAAGGCGGAGAGUACGGUAAUGCACUGCAGGCAGCUGUAGCUGGGAACCAUACAGCUAUUGUCGAGCUUCUACUCAACAACGGCGCUGAUGCCUCGCGACAUGAUAGCCAGGGAAAAUGUGUUUUGCACUAUGCUACCAACAGCGUGGAUUGUGACCCUAGUCUUAUCGACCUUCUGCUCUCACGAGGCGCUCCAGAAAACACGACCGAUAUCAACAACAUGACUCCACUGCUUUACUGCGUCAAGCGCGGCCACAAAUCUAUAAUAGGAUUGCUUCUUGACAAUGGUCUGUCCAUUGAUGCCCGUGCCGAUCGAAAGUCGUGGUCUCGGAACACUGUGAAGACCGACACCUUUCCCCGAUCAUCGGUUUCGGAGUCCGGGCCCGAUAUUUCGGGCAUUUCAUCUGGCUUGACGCCUUUACACUUUGCGGCCUUGACUGGCGACUUAACCAUGACUAAGUUCCUUCUGGAGCGUGGCGCUGAUCCGAACGCUUUGUCCACAUACAACGAAUCCCCGAUACAUCUCACGUUGCGUGAAAAACUGUACGGACCACACUAUGACGACGAUUGGGAAAACCAGAACUUGAGGAUAGAAAGCAUAUGGGACUUGGGAUUUGAAGAAGACGAGAUUGUUUCAUUUCGUGCAAAAAUAGCAAUGGACCGCGAAGGUGUGCUUGAUGCUCUGCUUGGAGAUCCUAGGACCAGUCUGACAAUCAGAGACUGUCAACAUAACUACCCUUUGCACUACGUUGAUUAUAGAGAACCUGGAAGUGUGUCGGCAAUUCAGAAACUAGUAUCUAGAGGAGCGAAUCCGUUCGAAAGAAACUUGAAACAGCAAAGCGCACUUCACCUUGCUAGUCAAGCUGGCAGCCACGAUGCAGUUGCUUUUCUAAUUUCUCUGGGAGCUGAGCCUGCCUUAACGGAUGAUGAAGGGCUAAAUGCUCUUCACUACGCUGCGAUAAGCGGAAACCAUGAAACAAUCACCGUUCUUCUAGAAACUGCUCUAACAACAAGGCCAAGUCUAGUGGCGUCGAAGGAUAAUAUGGGUAGAAACUUGCUCCACCACCUGGUUUCUACGAAGCGUCCAGUUCGGAAUGACACAGUCCAGUUGCUGCUCGACAAGGGGGUAGGUGGUUCAGAGUUGGACGCAUCUGGCAACUCACCGUUGGUAAGCUACUUCAAACGACCAAGUCUGGGUGCACUAUAUGUCGAAAUUUGUCAACCAUUGUUUUCGGUCAAAGGAAACGCUUUGUUCAUCGACAAAAAUGGACAAAAUCUAGGACACUUGGGCGCUUUGACUUGGAGAUGCAGGGUCGAAGUUUUCGAGAUGCUAAAGGAACACGGUGUCGAUCUAACACAGAAAGACUUGCAGAGCAAGACAAUAUUGCACUAUUCUGCGACAAGCGGAUCUCUUACAAAGAAGUCUUUGCAUUAUCUUGUCCAUCUUGUCGGCAUUGAGAUAAAUGCAAAGGACGCGUCUGGAAAAACAGCGCUGCAAUAUGCAGCAGAGAAAGCGCGGCAAGAUCAUCCCCCCGACCUCUUCGAUCGUGGACGCUGGGAUAGAAGUAUGAAGCUAUUGUUGGAAUCUGGUGCCAGUUAA